AUGGAUGCAACAGCGUGGCUCAACUCGGUGGCGCGUAUAGCCCGUCCCACAGAUGCGUCGGACCUUCUCGGCGCUGCUGCUGCAAUGGACGCCUUGGCGCGGCGCAAUAGGAUGGAGGAGGAGACGCAGCGACUUCUCAAAGUUAUAUUCGGGGAUGCUGACGUUGCUCCCCGCACCUUACGGGAGCGAGACGCCGUCGUCCCUAGGUUUUCCAGGAGGCGCUUUGAGGCACCGUCCCUGGCCGCCGCCUCAAAUACCGGAACUUUAGAGCCGUCGAUUAAGUCGGAUCUCCCGGUUAAUAUGGCUAGCGAAUCCGGCAUACAGCAACCAACAGUAGCGUCAUUCACGCCGCAAGAUGCGGGCUUGAUUGAGCGAAAACUGGAGCUUUUGGAGCGGAUUCAGCAGCAACGCCUUCAGGAGCUGGAAUGGGAGCUGUUGCAACAACAGCAGCAGCAGCAGCAGCAGCAGCAGCAGCAGCAGCAGCAGCAGGCGAUAAAAGGUCCCCAGACGGGCUUCGUGGCUGAUUUGCACAGUGCGUGUGCGUCGCUUCCUCCAUCGAUUCCGGUCUCGUCGUCGAGCGGGAUCGCGGGCGCGUGCAGCGGCGCAACUGGCGGUUUUACUGCGUGUUCUGGCAGCGGAGGAGGGAGCGGGCUUGCCUUUAUGCACGCCCUGCUUGCCUCGCUACAGCACCUCAUUGCCCCCUCGCCGUCCGUGCUCCCCGCCGCCAUCACCAACGGCUCAAGCUCUUCACAUCAGAUUUCGGGAUUCCCAGCAGCAACCGCUCUGCCAACACCAACGGCGCAAGUAGCCGCGCGAGCACCUGCGCAACACUUCAGUCACCAGCAACAGCUGCAACGACGGCAAAUGCAGGAGCAGCAGCAGGAACAGCAGCAGCAGCACCAGCGGCAGCAGGAGGAGCAGCAGCAGCACCAGCGGCAGCAGCAGCAGCAGCAGCAGCAGCAUGGGUCCCUAUUGGAAGCACGCGUUCCCAUGUUCUCCAGUCGCACUCUCGCCCCCAUGUCUCUGCCUCGCGCCCCACUCGCCACGCCCCUCUCUCACCCCGGUCCUACCGCCCUCCCUCCUCCACCUCACCACCUCUCCGCCUCCUCCCUCUCCUUCUCCAUCGCUUCUUUCAGCUCUCUCCCAUCCGCCUUCCCAUCUGCUCUCCCUCCUCUCAACAUCCCCGAGUCUGCUCCUUCCCCCUCCUCUUCCGCCGCCGCCGCGUUUGCUCCUGCAGCGUCCGCUGCAACCCUCCUUCCAUUCGCCCCUGCCUGCCACCUGAACCUGCACUCGCACGGACCAGCAUUGCCGCCCGUGAUAACUGAUGCGCCAGUGCUGCCUGCUCCACCACAGCCCAUAGUAUCAGCACCAGUGCUGGCACCCGUGCUACCUCCCAUACUGCCAGCAGUGUCAGCAGCACCAACAGGAACAGUGCCAACAUGCAGUAUAAGCAGCCGGCACAAACGACUGCUGCGCAACAGGGUGAACGCGCAGCAGGCGAGGGAGAGGAAGCGGUACCGGGCAGCAGCAAUGGAGGAGCGCUGUGAGGCGCUGGUUCAAGAGAACAGCCAGCUGGAGGCUGCAGUAGAGGCGGUGACAAAGGAGAAUGAGCGGCUCCGACAGCUGGUUCGCCGGGGUGUGGUGGUCAGGGAGUAG